GUCUCUGACAAACACGUUGUUACGGACUGAACCCGAACGGUUCUGAAGCCACAGGUCUUUUUUCGGGAUCGCAGAGUAGUCAGAUCAUAGUCGGCAGAGCAGUUCCCAGGUUAAAGUUACAUUCUUCGGUGGUGGUUUGCUCUGGCUUCAUGUGGUGACUGGUUCCGUUCCGACUUCACCGUCAGUGAGGCUCAAAUCUAUGAAUUACUGGCAAACGCUCUUAAAAGGUCACACUUUGUCUGGUUCCGGGUGGUGAAAAUGAUUUCUGUAAAUAUGUUCACAUGCGACUGAGAACCAAUAGAAGAGCUGUAAAAUCAUUAGACAUUGAAGAGAUUCUGAAAACUGAGCCUUGUGCUGCGGAAACAGAUUCAUCAGAUCACACGUGGAUCACACGCUCUGACCUGAUCUGGGACGAGGCGGCCUUGGAUUCUGGAAAGGCUCAUGUUUGCGCCUUCGUGCUCCUACUCUCUCGCUCAGGUUGUACUUCCCCCAACACCUGUCAAUCAUCCUGCGGAGCUGCCGUGGGCCUUGUGGCUCAGGACUCGACGCUCCUGCAGCCGUUGAUGCAGGAUUUCAGUGAGACCUUAUGUCGCAUACGUUGCAUUUGCAGAAUGGAUUCAUCAGAUCUUCAUUUUGAGCCUCUGUUUCUUCCUGUUGCAUAACUGCCUCCUUUUGCCUUUUAUUAGUUGCAGAUUUAUUGUGCGUGGGGCUCUGGGGAACAUUGUGCUCCUGGCAGCGGCCCAGCACAACCACAGGCCUCCACUUCUGGCCACUGAGCCUCCACUGGGGGGGCAGAGUCCUGCUAAAUGAAGCCAUGACAGCACUUUUCCAGCAGUUGUGUUGACUCUGACUGGGACUUGACCCGGGCCAUGAUUUAUCCCUGUUGGUUGCUGAUGUUGCAUCUUGUCAGUGUCUGACCUGCGUCAUAUAAGAAUUUGUGUUGCUUUGUGAAGCGACAGCGCAACGACAUCUUCUGCUCUCGAUUUCCAACAGAUAGAAGAGGAGCUGAAAGUUGGGCGUCUUUGUGCUUUCUGCCCGUUUCACAGACAAACUGCUUUAAUAAUCCCACACAAAACGCACACCACAUGUAGACGCAGAUACUGCAGCUUUAAUCAGUCCUUUUUCCAGUGUGUAGCGCAGUCAGAGCGACUGCCUCACGUUAUUACCGUGGCUCCUUCUCCUCUGGGCUUUUUAAGGUGACGUGUGCCUGCGUGAAGCAGCUGUAAAGCUGAUGGAACCUCCACGCCCAGGUUUAAGCUCAUGCCCAGCUGUUGGUGAGCGUCUCCCUUCUGCUCAGACUUGGUGUUUUCUGCUGCAGCUGCUGCAGAUGUGUGGGCUGUGCAGCGCAGCAGCGGAGGUCACACGUGUUUGUGGCCGGACCCACGAAGCGCGUUUUUAUUUCCAUCUCUUACACACCUGUUCUUCCUUUCGGUGCCGGAGCCUGGAUCAAGAACCUGAUUAGUUACGGCUUGUGAUUAAUUAUGUAUAAAAUGCCGGUGCGUGAUGGUAGUUUAGGCUGUCGUGGACUUAGAAGCUGUCGUGCUGAGGCGAUGGACGCGUCGGUGAGGCUUGAGGUGCCUGUUGCAGACAUUAGGGUCCAGCAGGAGGCAGUGUUUGAUGUCAAAACAAAGACGCUCCUGCAGCGACGUUUGCUGACAAACUGAAGUUGUUGGUCCAUUUAUAAAGAACUUUUUUUGGGUUUCUAUUAAAUUAGGUUAUUACUAGAACUGUGCUUCAAUAAAGCUUUACUGCAGUUUUACUUCAGUAACAGAAAGCAAUCAAUCUAUCAAAUGAACAGUCGAGUUUUAUAUGUUUAUUUGAAAUUGCAGAUGUUUUGUACGUGUUGUCGGAGCGUGUCCUUCCAGUAAAACAGUGGCGUUUACUCCACUUCAGCAGCUCAUCACCGUGUUUGUACUUUCAUGUCAUCAUGCUGCCAUAGUGACACUGAGGCAUGACGCCUUCAGGGACACCUCGUAGUUCAUGCUCACUGCAAUACUGCAUGUAUUUGUUGACUAUUGUUUACUGCUUAGAGAUCAGACAACCUUCAUAUCUGUUUUGGUGGUUUGUAUCGUUUUGCAUAAAUGUUUUACAUGUAGCUACAAAGGAUGACAAGUUGUGUAGUUGUUCCAGAAGCUUUGGUGAAAGGAAUGAAACUGUUUUCUCCUCUACUCUGUACACGAGUUAACCUUGAGAAUGUGAAGGUAUUUCUGCAGAAAUCUCAUGAAUGAGGCUCUAAUCUUGAUCCCUGGUGAUUUUUAUAUAGCUUUAUAUAUUGUAGUGAUUGUGUUAUUUCCUUUCAUAUGGCGUUGCGUUGUUAUUUUCGAGUAGUAAAUAAAUACUGCAGAAUUAGAAUCCUUUCACUCAUUAUAUUUCCCACAACCGUGAAGGCAGCGCAGACUGUGGGCGGGGCUUAGAGAAGCUCCGGUCUGAGUCACGCCUCUGCUGAUCGCUUCAGACGGCUGCGAUGAUCCCACAGAGCCGCUGCGGCCUCGGGCAGCACCGGGCACUGUUCACCCCAGAACUCGAACCGGAUCGGUGAAAAUGUCGCUUUAACCGAACACUCGCCUGCGCGAGCAUCCAUGGUCCAUUUCUCGGGAAUUCAAACCGGGGCGCGCGGCGUCACGUCGGGACAGCUGGUCGAGAUGUUUGACUCGUCAUGGAAGGUUCGGAGCAUUUGGGACGGCGUGAAGCUGGAGGUGGUGGAGGACCGCAGCCCGGUGGUGCUGCACAGCUUCACCCACCUGGACCCGGACCUGCCGCUGAUGGAGAGCUCGACGCAGGAGAUCGGCGAGGAGGCCGAGGAGGACGCCAUCUUCACCAUCACGCUGAGGAAGAUGCAGCUUCACCAGUCGGCCACUAAGGGGCAGCGAUGGCUGGGCGUGGACACGGACUCGGCCCUUAGCCUCUACGAGACCUGCAAGGUGCGAACCAUCAAGGCCGGCACGCUGGAGCGGCUGGUGGAGUACAUGGUGUCCGCCUUCAGGGGCAAGGACUCCACCUACGUCACCAUCUUCCUCUGCACCUAUCGCUCCUUCGCCAGCACCAGGCAGGUGCUGGACCUCCUGCUCAACAGGUAUGCCAAGCUCCAGAAUGUGCCUGCAGCCACAGCCCACAGAGUCUCCCAGGACGACUGCACAGAGCUCAGAAACACCGUCUCCUCCAUCCUGGGCGCGUGGCUGGACCAGUACUCUGAGGACUUUUGGAGUCCUCCCAACUACGACUGUCUGCACCAGCUCCUGUCCUACCUGCACCUCCACUUCCCCGGCUCGGACCUGGAGCGCCGCGCCCGCAACCUGCUCGCCCAUUUCCACCGGCGACAGCAGUGUGAGCCUGAUCCUGAUGGGGAGCACAUGGGCUGCCCGUUCGCCACGCAGGAAGAGAGCGGCUUCGAGGACGAGCUUCCUGCUUUCAGCUUCCUGUCCUUCGACCCCAUCAUGGUCGCAGAGCAGUUCACGCUCAUGGAUGCGGACCUGUUCAAGAAGGUGGUGCCCUACCACUGCCUGGGGGGCAUUUGGUCCCAGCGAGACAAGAAGGGGAAGGAGCACUUGGCUCCCACCAUCAGAGCCACCGUGGCCCAGUUCAACUCCGUCACCAACUGUGUCAUCACCACCUGCCUGAGCAACCCGGCGCUGAAGCCCAACCAGCGGGCCCGGCUCCUGGAGCGCUGGAUCGACGUGGCUCGGGAGUGCCGGAUCCUGAAGAACUUCUCGUCAUUGCGAGCCAUCCUCUCCGCCCUGCAGUGCAACGCCAUCCACCGUCUGAAGCGGACGUGGGAGGAGGUGUCUCGGGAGAGUUUCCGGACCUUCCGGGAGCUGUCUGAGAUCUUCUCAGAUGACAACAACUACUCUCUCAGCCGAGAGCUGCUGGUGAAGGAGGGAACAUCCAAGUUCGCCACGCUAGAGCUCAACCCUAAACGAGCUCAGAGGAGACACCAGCAGCAGCGAGACCUGGGGGUGAUGCAGGGGACGAUUCCUUACCUGGGGACCUUCCUGACUGACCUGGUGAUGAUGGACACUGCCAUGAAGGAUUACACUGAGGGCGGACUGAUCAACUUUGAGAAGAGAAGAAAGGAGUUCGAGGUGAUCGCGCAGAUCAAACUACUCCAGUUGGCUUCUAACAACUACAGCUUUACUCAGGACAGCCACUUCAGAGAGUGGUUCGCAGGCGUGGAGAAACUCAGCGAGGCAGAGAGCUACCAUCUGUCCUGUGAGAUCGAGCCUCUGUCGGAGUCGGCCAGCAACACGCUGAGAGCCAAGAAGAACGGAGGCAUCAUGAAGCGCUGGAGCGAUCGACAGUUGACGGAGGCUGGUUCCAGCGGCGCCGCAGGUUCUCACUCCAAAUCCUUCGACCACUCACACUACAGACCGUACCAGGGCGGCGGCGGCGACAGCGGCGACGCGCUCAGCGUCACCUCAGUGAGCUCCAGCGGCUCAGACCUGGAGGACGUGAACGCCAGCUUCCUGUCUGAUUCUCCAGAGGGACAUGAAAGGAAGACGUCAACUCCAUCAGUGAAACUCACCGUCUCUGCCUUGGGGAGAGACGCUCCACCAGCAGACACAACUUCAACGUUCUGGGAGUGCACGUCUCUGUCGUCCCUGGACACCUCUGGGAUGGGCUCCAGCUCCGGCUCAGCCUCGGGCUCCAGCAGCACCUCGUCCUCCUCCGUCUCCUGCUCCACCCCGCUGUCUGCCUCCCGCUCACACAAACGCUCGGUGUCAGCGGUGUCCAACUACUCCACGCUGUCGCUGCCGCUGUACAACCAGCAGGUGGACGACUGCUGCAUCAUCAGAGUCAGCCUGGACGUGGAGAACGGCAACAUGUACAAAAGCAUCCUGGUGACGAGUCAAGACAAGACUCCAGCUGUUAUCAGGAAGGCAAUGAUCAAACACAACCUGGAGCGAGAGAAGACCGAGGACUACGAGCUGAUGCAGAAAAUAUCCGAGGACAAGGAGCUGCGCAUCCCGGACAACGCCAACGUCUUCUACGCCAUGAACUCCACUGCCAACUACGACUUUGUUCUGAAGAAGCGCGGCUUGGCCCGGCCGGUGCGGCCCAAGGCCGUGGCCAGCUCCACGCUGCCUCGCAUGAAGCAGAAGGGCCUGAAAAUCGCUAAAGGGAUCUUUUAAGUUGAAACACACCACUUCCUGCCUCCACGCCCCCUUUAACCCUCCCUGGUCUCUGCUCCUCAGAAGAACCUUGCCUGAGAGGCUGAGCUUUGCUUGGGACAGUGAUGGCGGAGGAGAAAUGACCAAGCAGGAGGCAGAGGAGCACUUUAGCACUUAGCAACAGCUGUGGUGUCAUCGGGACCCUCUGAGGACUGUAAAUGCUUCAGCUAGUUGCAGGAUAAACGUGAGAAGCUGGAGGCAGACAACGUGUGACGAAGCAGCUUCAGUUCCUGGUCGUCUACUUUUAACAGUUUACAUUCAAACAUCCUUCGAUCAGCUUCGAGCUCUUUGCACCUUCGAUCAUCACUUUUCUCAGCCUCUCUCCGUUUGCGUUCCUGGUCAGUGUUCAGGCGUCUUCGUGUACAUAAAGAGACACAGACGUGUGGACCAGCUGGUUGUUCGAAUGUGUUUCUACCUUUCAGGGAGCUUCAGUUGAGAGUGUGCCUCCGCCCUUUCAGACGCCACAGGGAUCCUGACGUCCACAGAGCGUCUGCUCUCAGAACCCCUGGUUCCGGAACCCCAGACACUAAGAGAUCUGAACUCUGAACCCCUGAGCGCUGCCAUGUUCCAUAAACCUAAACAAAAGCUCAAGCAGUCUGGAGUGGAGACGUGUGGGCAGAGCCAUGAGUCACACGCCGCCGUCUGUGUUUUAUUAAUGAACCAUAACCACUGCAUCACGAAGGACAACCCAGUGUGUAUAUAUGACUGAACACCGACUGUGCAGUAUAUUGUUUUAAAGUGGACCAUGAGAUUUUGUUAAUAGACUCAUCACAAUAGCAUCAUGUUUUUACAUUUUGCUUUGUGCAUCCUUUUCAUCUUUUCACUGUGCGGUGCUGCUACUUUUCUCUGGAGGUCAACAGGUCAUCUCUGCAGGCGCCAUGUUGGAAGAAGAGCUGUCAUUGGAAUGAUUGUUGUUCAACAUUUGGAACCUUGUUAAUGCGAGGGGAGAAAAUAUAGAUGAAAAUAGAAUAUAACAUUAAGAAUCCUUUGAAUUAAGUUGCACAGCAUCAAAUGAGCAGAUCCCAGUAACAGAUUUAGUCAAAAUGGUUCAUUAUACAAUGGAAAGGUUGCAUCAAAUCUGAUACAAAUUACUGAAAAACUCAGUGUGAAUAUGAUUCAUUCUUCAGUAUUAUUAUUAUAAGAGACAGGAUGAAGGAUGUCUGAUCCGACCACAGCUCUUUCAACAUGGUGGCUCCUCUCUUAUUGCUCAUGUCCACGUGUGACGUCAUGUCCAGAGUCUGUUCUCUGUUCUCUGGCUCGCCGCACCGCAGAACACAACGGAGUUAGAUCCUCUCACUAAACAACCAGGAAGGCUGCAGGCCGGAGAACCGACCAGCACGCGACCAACAAACUCUUCUGUUCAUUUGUUGUGUCCUUCAUGCUUGUUUUAAGGGAAAAUCCAACCGGCAACCUGGGCACCGUUUACAGAAGCUGUUUGUAUGGAUGGUUGCACGUUGGGGUCACACAGAUGCAAAGUCAGCUCACAUUGACGUUUACAGCAGCUACAAGUCAUUUGAAAGGGGUUCUUCUUUGGAUCCUGGAAAUAAAGCAUAACAACAAGGCCAGUGGUUUCAAAUAAAUAAAGCAUGAAGAUAAAACAUUUCUGUGACUGACGGCGGUGGUCAGAGUGGUAAAAGUAAGUAGAAAAAUGAAAGUGAUGAUAGGAUUUCACACAUUGUAGAUGUAACUUGUUACAAAUGUCCUUGUCUUUUUUGGGUUGAGCUCUCUCUGCUGCUGAAGGCUCAAGGCAGAACCUGAGCAUAAUCUGCCAUAUUGACAAAGGAUGGGAAACGCUCCGUGACCUCUGGAUGCGAUGCUAGUUAGCCUGAGAAGCUCAGAUAAACAACUGUUGGAUCCAUUUAAAGCGCAGCUUUCAUCCCCAAAACCACUUUAUGACGGAAUAUCUGAGAUUGGAUUUUUCCUGACGAGUUGUCACAUCACAUCACUGCAGCCAAGUUCUGUCACCGUGUUCUGCCUUUUUCUUUCUUUUUCGCCUGCAUCAACCUCAUUGUUCUCUAAAAAUGAAUGAAAGCCUGACAAAAAAAGUAAUAUGGUGGCGAGCAGCAGGAGGCACGUGGUCUGGCUGUAUGGAUGUUGUUUGUGCCACUGUGGCAUGAAAGCUUUGUUGAACACUGUGACCUUUGACCCUCUCACUUCACCCCCUCUGCCUGUUGAUCAGCGUCAUGUUGAGCACUGUGAGCAAAAACAUAACGUGUCCUCCUCCUUUUCGAAGUGUAGUGAACGUCCAUGUUGUUGGCUACAUGUGCCAAACCACAGGCAAAGACAGAGAAGGUCCGAUCCUCUGCCUCGCGGUGCAGCGUGUCUGUAUGUUUACUGUUGUGGCUUUUUACUGGAAAACAAAAAGGGUUAAAACACUAUGAAAAAAUAUUCUGGACCUUUGUCCCUGUGGAGAAUUUCACUUGGAAAAACCUGGAAGUAGUUUGCGAGAAGCUGCAGAUGAAGCUGAUUUGGAAAUCUGUCUUUCAUGAGUUUCUCCUCCUUUUUCUAAUGUAUUUCAUGUCUUAACCACCAAACUGCUGCCAGAUUUUCUAUUGAGUGUUUAAACACAAGCACGGCACUAAGUCAGUAUCAGCAGUGUAAGUUCCUUCACCUCCACCACAACCAACCUUUGCUUCCUUUAUGUUUCAGAGAAGAAAACCACUUGUGUCCUCGAGUUCACAAUCAUGUUGUUCAUUGAAGCAUAGAACAGCUGUUAGCGGUUAAGUCUGUAAAAUUAUGUUGCAGAUCGAGUCCAGGCUAGAGGAAACACAGCAGCUGGUGUAGGAGGAGCUGACAUCAUUCUGCCUCCGCUUUAUUUCAACAAAAAUCUCACAAACACAUAGUUUUACUGAACGCGUUGAGUAACACCACUCACUGCAACGUUUGGGAAGCUUCACUGACGUUUACAGCAGCAGGACUCUUUGUGUGUGUGUGUGUGUGUGUGUGUGUGUGUGUGUGUGUGUGUGUGUGUGUGUUUUCAUGCUAAUGAAAAAAUGUGAUAAUUGCUUUUUAUUAGUUUUGGGCCAAAUGUAGAGCAGAGAAAUAAGAAUGUGUAGAAUAAGAGAAAUGUUGAACAUGGAGGUCCUGUCAUCACUUCCUUCUCUGCAGCUUUGGUUCGGAGCUUUCUGCAGCAGCUCCAUCUCCUUCAGGCUCCUCGUUUUCUGAGUCUGGAACUCACAUGACCCUGAAGUGCUUCUGUGCUGAUGAGGUCGAUGUUGGACUGUGUUGUUGUAGCCGUGUUGACAUGACGUACCCUUUGUGAUUUGACCUGAUUUUGUGGGGCUUUGAACAAAAAAGGCUGCGUUUACAAGAAAAAGGAAACCAGUUGGCGUGGUGUGUUUCUUAUUUGUUUUUUGGGAAUUUUGUGUUUUGUUCCUCUGAACUGUGCUCGGGUGCCAUUUUCCAUUUUGACACAAGGAUUUAAAACAUUUUUCUAACUGCAGUCUUGUUUUUGUUUUAUGUUUCCCAAGAACACAAAGACAAACCCUAUCCUAGAUUAUGUUUUCAUUUAUUUAUUGAUUUGUAUAUAAAGAUUUUUUUGCAUUGUACAUUCUCUCCUUUCUUGGUUAUAGAUUAAUAUAUUCAUGUAUAUACAAAUAAACAUUAAGUUUCUAAAAGUAAAA